AUGCCACCUAGCAUGCCACCUAGCAUGCCACCACCAGCAUACUCCGGCAGCCAGCGCCCUGUGCAGGGUCAGACCCGUGACCCUUGGGUUCCCGACUCCAUGCCUCCUGGGCCCUCCAGGCAAUUUUAUUCCCCAAACCCUGGACGCCCCCCCUCUAGGCCCCCGAAGGGCUGAGGGCCCAAGUACUGAAGCCAUGGGGCCGGUCGUCAGAUAUUUUUUCCAUCAACAGCUCAAGUACUGGGCUGUUCAAGCUUCGGACCCGUGGGUUGUUUCCACCCCGACCCCCUGCAACCGGCCGGGUCAAAACAACACUCAUCGGCAACCCGGCAAAAGCCACCAUACUGGACCAGGAGUUAUCCUCCCUCCUGUCCAAGGGCGCCAUCGAGCCCGUGGACCCCCUGUCUCAAAUCGGGGGGUUCCAUUUAACUUAUUUUAUAAUCACAAAGAAGACCGCGGAUUCCGCCCCGUUCUAG